AUGGAGGAGGGCAUCAAGCCUAAGCCUAAAGUUAAAACUGUACUGGAUCAACAGUUCAUUGUGGUAGGUGAUGACUCGAAAGAUCAUGUCGAUACUCUUCAACGCAAUUUUACCAGAAAACACUGGCCUUCCGAUCUUGAGAACCUACUUGAAUGGCAUGCGAGGAAUGAAACGGAUCUUGAAGCACUCAAGCUGAGGAGGAAGAUUUUGAGUAAAGGAGAUUGGCCGGAGUUGAUAGAGGACAUCAUGAACUGUUUUGAAGAGAUGGAGUGGUCGCCAGAGCUCAAAAACAAGCUCUAUCUAAAAAUUCAAUCGAAGCUGUUGGCGGUGUGUAAUCGACUGGGGAGAGGCAGGCAAGGUACGCAAUCAAAGGUCGAACCCAGCUCGGAGAGGAAGGGGCCCAGGGACAUGGGUAAUGGAGAGCGGACAACGGAAUACGAGGAAUGA